AUGGGCAGAGAAGUAGGUGAGAACCAGGAAUAUAAGCUGUAUUUAGGGAAGCACCUAAAUUCAUUCUUCCUGAAAGGCCGCAGUUUACUAUCUGAGAUUUUGCAAACCAGCCUGAAGAUAAGAAAGGAAAAGUGUGUAGUCGCUUCAUAUGCCUGCAUUGAGAGCUUGCUUUACGUCCAAAACCAAAACUCACAUCUACACUCCAGCUCCUGGAGCAGCACAAGCAACGAGACGCUGAGCUCCGAGCACCCUCCGUGUUAUCACGCCAUCCCGUUGGCAUCUUCUAACCCCAUCGGUGAAAAUGCAAGAGAAAAGCAUCUACCCUCACCUCAACCCCCAGCUACCACCUUGAAGAAUGUUGCGUUUGCGGUCUCUUUGUCGAAAUGGAAAGGCGAGAUUCUUUCCUCUCCUCAAUUGCAUGAUGGAAACGGGAGGCUGACUGAUAGGCAGCAGUCGCUCCUCACUGCUGGCAGAAGUCCUCUGUUGUCUGGUCCGCUGGGCUGUGCUGAUAAAUACAACAGCGAGUUCUGCUGUCUCUUGUUCUUGUCUAUCACUCGUGUUUCCCGAAAACCUCUUUUUGACCACUGCCCUGUAGCUUUUACUGAGGUUUCGUUGUCUGGGGAGGUACCGCAACUGGAAGCUGGCCCUGUGGGAGGUGGCCCCGAGCCCUACAUUGAAAUAUUUGAACAACCCAGGCAAAGGGGCAUGCGUUUCAGAUACAAAUGCGAGGGAAGGUCGGCAGGCAGCAUUCCAGGAGAACACAGUACUGAAAACAAUAAGACGUUCCCUUCCAUACAGAUUCUGAACUAUUUUGGAAAAGUCAAAAUAAGAACUACGUUGGUAACGAAGAAUGAACCCUACAAGCCACACCCUCAUGAUCUGGUUGGAAAAGACUGCAGAGAUGGCUACUACGAAGCAGAGUUUGGGCCAGAACGGCGAGUCCUGUCUUUUCAGAAUUUGGGCAUUCAGUGUGUGAAGAAGAAAGACCUGAAGGAAUCAAUUUCUUUACGAAUCUCGAAGAAGAUCAACCCCUUCAACGUGCCUGAAGAACAGCUGCACAACAUCGAUGAGUAUGAUCUCAACGUUGUCCGCCUCUGCUUCCAAGCUUUCCUCCCCGACGAACAUGGCAACUACACGUUAGCUCUUCCUCCUUUGAUUUCCAACCCCAUCUAUGACAACAGAGCUCCCAACACAGCAGAACUAAGAAUUUGUCGUGUGAACAAGAACUGUGGAAGCGUAAAAGGAGGAGACGAAAUAUUUCUACUGUGUGACAAAGUUCAAAAAGAUGAUAUAGAAGUCAGAUUUGUCUUGGACAACUGGGAGGCCAAAGGUUCCUUCUCACAAGCUGACGUUCACCGUCAAGUUGCAAUUGUGUUCAGAACGCCGCCGUUUCUCAAAGACAUCACCGAGCCCGUCACGGUGAAGAUGCAGCUGCGAAGACCUUCAGACCAGGAAGUCAGUGAACCUAUGGAUUUCCGAUACCUACCAGAUGAAAAGGAUCCGUAUGGCAACAAAGCAAAAAGGCAAAGAUCAACGCUGGCUUGGCAAAAGCUCAUACAGGACUGUGGAACAAACGCAGCAGAGAGGCCCAAAGUAGCUCCGUUCCCGGCUGUCACUCCUGAAGGGAAGCUGAUCAAGAAAGAACCAAACAUGUUUUCAUCCGCACUGAUGAUGCCGGGGCUAGGAACCCUGGCCAACGCUAGUCAGAUCUACCCUGUCUGCAACCAGAUUCCCCAUCAGCCCGUGCAGGUGGGGCCAGGGAAGCAAGACACGCUCUCCUCGUGCUGGCAGCAGCUGUACAGCACCCCCUCCUCAGCCGGCAGCCUGCUCAAUGCGCACCCACAGAACAGCUUUGGGGCAGAUGUGCCUCAGCCUGCCGCUCAGGGCAGCGGCUCUCUCCCAGCUUUCCACGACAACCCUCUGAACUGGCCCGAUGAGAAGGAUUCAGGCUUCUACCGGAAUUUCGGCAGCACCAACGGGAUGGGAGCAGUGGCGGUGUCAACUGCAGACAUGCAGAGCGUUUCUAGUAACAGCAUCGUGCACCAGGCUCAUCCCGCCAGCGUCUCCACAGCCAGCAUCGUGAACAUGGAGACCGAUGACAUGAACUGCACUAGUAUAAACUUCGAAAAGUAUAAUCCAGUGUUAAAUGCAAGCAACCACAGGCAGCAGCUCCAUCAGGUGCCUCCAGCUUGCCCGUCUGUAGCAGCCCCGGGCAGCACGCCUUUUAAUUCGCAGUCUAACUUAGCUGAUCCAGCAGUUUACAAUUUUAUAGACCAAGAAGUUUUAAGCGAAUCAAGACUAUCCACCAACCCGAUGCAGAACCAUCAGAAUAGCAUUGCAGAUAACCAGUACUAUGACACCGACGGUGUCCACACUGAUGAGCUCUAUCAGUCUUUCCAAUUCGAUAACAUAUUGCAAAACUAUAACCACUGAGCCAGCCCGUCAGGCUGGAAAGCGGGUACGUAGAGCUUUUCAGAUGGCUAGCUGUGUGAAGAGGAGUAACUUACCCUUCUGGAGUCCCUGCUUUCUCUUUCAGAAUGUUACUAUGCGAGUUUCGUGAUAUGACAAGGUUAUGUAUUAAAGCCCAAAGACCGGUGCCCGUAAAGAAGAGAGGUGAGAGUAGGGUUUGGGGCUCUGUACCUUAAAAUCACCUUGUAUACGUAUUUUUACGCUGUUGGAAAAGGGAACUGUUAACACUUAUAUCUUCCUUACCUUUGGGGACUGUAAAAGCUGGCACCUUCAGAAGGGUUAAAAUCUCAAAUACUUCACAGGCUUAAAAUUGUUUGAAAAAUAACCAUUUUUGCUAUGGAAAUGAAAUUUCAAUUUUGAUAGGACAGAAAUUAGGAAAAAAACCUGCAUAUGGGCACUCUAGUUCAGACUCGCUUAACAGUGUUAAAGUUUUACUUGACUUACCUGGAAGGUUUAGGUUUCCUGCCCUCUUUCGUAUAAAAUACUCUUCUCCUAAAACAAGAUCAUGCAUUGAUUUUUCACGUUUUCACCACUCUCCAUUUGCUUUGAAGGCAAAUUUACUCUAAAAUUUUUUUAAUGACUAUGUCAUUGUUAGGUAUAUUUUUAAAAGACCGGAAGGUUUGAGGUUUUUAAAUAGCCCAGUGCUGUUGUAAAUUAAUCACUGCACAAAAGAAUGAACAAGAAAGUAAGGACUUCUCUGCACUUCAUCCAAAGUGUACUCUUUUAAAUGAUAAACCCCCGUUGCUUUAGGAAUGGAGCACGCUGUUAUUUCUGUGGAAUUUUGUGUGUGUGUGUGUGUGGCUGUGACGUGUAUGUUAUGUUGAACUACAGAAAUACGUUGAGCCAAAGCAUCUACAUCAUCUUCCCUCAGGUAUCCCGGCAGUUUCCUGCUAUGCAAGUGACUGCUUAAGAGAAGGCUCAGAUCCUGCCUCCCUGCCAUCCCCUCCCACCCUGCCGUCCCCUCCCCAGAAAGCAUUGAGGCAAACCUGGAGGCAGUCUUAGUGCAGCCUCAUCUAGAUACACUGUAUUAACAAUUUAAGGCCAUUUCAGUCAGAACUAAUUAAAAACACUCCUCUAUACUCUGCGUCAGAAACGGGAACUUACUCCCUUUCACUUCCUUCCCAGUCUUCAUUCUUAGCCUGAGUUGCGAGAUGUUCGGUGACAACUCGCCUGGAUUUAACUGGCUAGGUAAGACACUCUACUCUGUGACAUAGGGCUUUAUUAUUUUUUAAGAAGUAACAGAGCAAGAAAUAUGUGAGUAUUUCUUAAGUUAUACAGCUGUUUUGUAUGGCAGAUAAGGCUUCAGAAUCUAAUCGUUGCUGUUUGGCAACAUAAAACUUGAAAGAAGCAAUCCUUGGAAACGAUGGAAAGAAGCAAUAAAAAAAAAAAGCACAUUCCGCUACAGAAGAAAAACAAAACCCGCAACCCUAAAUCAAAAAAGCCACUUGAGACUUACAGUUGUACGCAAGGCAGAAGGGGACUCCGAAAAAACCUCCGCGGUUUAUAGGCAACCAAUGACUCCUUAACUGCAGUAAUUCACUGCAUUCAAAGCAGUAAGGUGCUGCUGCUGUAAUGCAUUACGCCAGUUACACAGGUUUGGCACAAUAUGCUCCUUAGAAAAUGUGUAGAACGUACGAAGUUUGAAAAACUGCUUCCCCUAACUCACAGGUGCACAACGCGGCGAAUUGGCUCCCCACACUUUAAAGCAGUUUUUCCUCACUUCUGCAUCGCUCCUCUGCAGCUUAAGUAAGCGAAAGACCAAAGAAAUAUAAAGUAAGCUUGAAAUGUGUUGUUUAUUCAGUUCUGUUUUGAAGUUCUCAGUUUUAAGUAUAUUAAAUGCAAACAUUUUGCUCACUUCAUAGAAAGCUCUUUAUAGUACAAUUUGUUUUUACUGUAUAAUUAAAUAUUUUCAAGGUUCUGUUUUCCUUUGUAAACGAGUUGGUUUGGUAAUUAAAAAACUGGUUAUACUAAGUACUCAGCUUCUGCAACCUUCUCAGACUCAUGACAUCCCUCACCGCAGGACAGCCAGAGAACUGGGAGAAGGUAGGUUAUGGGUCGCUUACCCUGGGGCUUUCGAGAGUAUUUUCUGCUCGCAAGUACUCUUGGCCACUACAAAACCUAAAGCGACGUGUGCAGUAAGCGUUCACCUGCGCUCAGCAGUUUUUUUGUGGCAGAGCAGUCGACUUUUUAGUCAGAGGGACUGAAGUCGACUUUUUAGGACAGACGUCUUUCACGUUCAGCUAGAGCUGUGCUACUGGUACAGCUUUCUCCAGGUUCAGCUAAGCUGAUGCAAAAAAAAAAAAUGGGGGGGUGUGGGGUGACCAAUUGUUGGGAGAAAUACAACGGCUUUACGUUGAGUCCUUCCAGUGCAAAGAAGGAUGGUGCUAAGGAGCACCGGACCACAUUUUUUAGUAUUUUUCACACAAUGCGCUAGAAAAUAUCUACCUUUUUCACACGUCUCAUGAACAAGAUUAGAUCUUAUUUUCACAAAACCGUCCUAUUUGAGUACUCACAAGGAGGCAUUUUACUUUUAAAAAUAAGAUGAAGGCCAAAGUACAACAUUAAUAUUAUUGCUGCAAUACUCAUUACAGAUAAAGAUAGUUCAAAGCGUUUACCUUGUAUUAGAAACUGCAGACUUUAAACAAAGUUCAAAAAACAGAUUACCUCGCUCAUUUUCAUAUUUUCACAUGAUCACUGAACAGUAACUAAAGAGCUGUAGAGAUGUUUGCAUCAUCAGCGCUUUUUUCUUCCCCCCCUCAUUUGGAUAUUUCACAUUUCUCAUAAAAAUAAGCAAUUUGGGAAUUUUUGGUGGACCUCUCUACGUUGUACGGAGAAGAGAUUAGACUCAGCACAUUUAGUGUAAUCUUUAUAGCCUUGUUUAUCUGCACUUUGGCUUUUAACAUGAUCUCCACUGUCACCGUGAUAACGUACAACAUAUUGCAGAAAGAGCUGCGGAUGGGAGCACCUUGAGUAUCCUUGCACUACGACAGGAGCCGGAGCCCUUUCUGCUUCUGCCUUGUUAGCUCUAUUUCCCCCUUGGAACAGCUCUUCUCAUGUCUGUCAUGUCCAUAGUGCAGUCUUGUUUACAUUUUUUUUUUCCCCUGUAGUUUAUGGAAUUUAUAAAUUGUAUUUUAGCUCACUUUGAGUUUCAAGAAAUCACAUAGAUACGAGACUGAAAUUCUCUUUUGUUUGUUUUCUGAAUUUGGUUUCCUAAGUUUUCCAUCAUUCAUGACACUUCCUUUCUGGGUACAGAUUAUUAUCUGAGACAACUAUUCCUGGAAUCUGUUGCUCAUCACAGCUUUAAGAUUAAAACCAAAAAAAAUACUGCUGUCUGAAUCAUGUAUUUUGUGUUAGAAAAACAGGAGCUUCUGAACUACUGCCAUACUUAUGUUACAGUUGACUAGGAAAACAAAUGACGAGAGACAAGUUUUGACAGCUCAUCACAGGCAGAGUGUAUAAUAUUUAGACUAAUUUUUCAAGAUCAGUUUUUAGGACCUCCUUGGAAAACGUAUUUAUUAAUGCCUUUUUGAGCCUUCAGCUAAAGUUACCGUGCAGCUGUUCUAUUAUGAGGUCUUGGCACCACUGAAUUGAAGGUAAGACGUUGCAGUAAUCCUCCCUGUCCCCAAACAGUGGUUUGUCUUGGCAAAUAUUACCCUCGUUAUUUCUGAAGUGGUAAUUAAUGAAGAGCCCUUAAAUUCCAACCCUUAAUUUCUUGUCGAUAGUUUAACUCUCUUCUGUACUUCAGCUGAGCAGAAGCAUCUUCCUAAUGGAUUAACAUGAUAGAGGCAUAAAAGUGGCUUCUCCUAAAGAUGUAGGUGGUGGGACCUGGCUAAUAAACAAAAAUAAUCCUGCAGCGCAGCCCCUGCUUUGUGUGAAACAUUUAAAAUAACACAAGCAAAGGAAAAAAAAAAACCUCAGGUCUUCCCUAUUCCAGGCAAGUUCCUAGGCAAUGUUCAGCUCUUCCAGGCAUCCAUCCAAGGUUGGGUACUAGAAAAAAAUACGUACUAUGCUACAAACCAAAGCUUUUUAAUCUCUGACUUGUUCUUUCAAUACCAACAUUCUUCAGUACAUCUCGUAUUUGCCUGUACUUUGGGGUUCUUGGUAUUCCUAUUUUUCUUUAGAUUUCCAUCGUGCACCACUGCCAGGAGUUCCCAAUCUUUUUAUAUACAGUGACUCAACUGGGGAAAUCCUAUGCCUGAAGAGGACUGUAAUCAGGCCAGAGAGCUGCUGAGGCCUCGAGUGCCUCAACUGCUGUUUCUAGGAAGCAUUGCUGAUGUUUUUAAAUGAGAAAAGCUUGGUUUCAAGUGCAAAGUUUUCCUCUGAAAACUGUUUUUCCCUUUGAAAAGUGCUUUGUCUGGGAGACAAAUUUACCCAUCUCUAAAACUGACGCUGCCCAAAAAGCAGUCAGCAGAGAGCAGAGUGCUGCCUCGUUCCAAGCACUAGCCUACUGGUUUCAGAGACUCCCUGACUUUUGGGAAAUACUCCUGCACGAACAGUGCUCAGAAAAAGUUAGGACUGGGUUUCAGGUAACUCAGUGCUACC